AUGAUUAUUGCCUUGUUGGGGUUUGCCAUUUUCUUGCUUCAUUGUACAACUUGUGAGAAACCCCUAGAAGGGAUCAUCUCCUCAGCCUGGCGCUUCACACACCCCCUUUAUAAUGUGACCAUCUAUGAAAACUCUGCUCCCAAGACCUACGUGGAAAGCUCUGAGAAAAUGGGCAUCUAUCUCACAGACCCCCAGUGGGCAGUGAGGUACCGGAUUAUCUCUGGAGAUGUGGCCAACGUGUUUAAAACAGAGGAGUACAUGGUAGGCAACUUCUGCUUUCUGAGAAUAAGGACAAAGAGUAGCAACACAGCCCUUCUGAACAGGGAGGUGCGAGACAGCUACACCCUCAUCAUCCAAGCCACGGAGAAGACCUCGGAGUUAGAAGCUCUGACCCGCGUGGUGGUCCACAUCCUGGACCAGAAUGACCUGAAGCCCCUCUUCUCCCCGCCUUCAUACCGAGUCACCAUCUCUGAGGACAUGCCCCUCAAGAGCCCCAUCUGCAAGGUGAGCGCCACGGAUGCCGACCUGGGCCAGAACGCCGAGUUCUAUUACACCUUUAACACAAGGUCGGAGAUGUUUGCCAUCCAUCCCACCAGCGGGGUGGUCACCUUGGCCGGGAAGCUCAACGUCACCUGGCGAGGGAAGUAUGAGCUGCAGGUGCUGGCUGUGGACCGCAUGCGGAAGAUCUCAGAGGGCAACGGAUUUGGCAACUUGGCAGCACUGGUCAUCCAUGUGGAGCCUGCCCUCAGGAAGCUCCCGGCCAUUGCCUCAGUGGUCCUGGCUACACCAGAGAGCAGUGACGAUGCCACCUAUGCCACGGUGAUGGUAGAUGCGGAGAGCUCAGGUGGUGACGUGGACUCGCUGGAAAUUGUUGGUGGUGACCCUGGAAAGAACUUCAAAGCCAUCAAGUCUUACGCCCGGAGCAGUGAGUUCAGUUUGGUUUCCGUCAAAGACAUCAACUGGAUGGAACACCCUCAUGGAUUCAACCUCAGCCUGCAGGCCAGGGGUGGGAGCAGACCUUCUCAUUCCCAGAUCAGGGGCUUUCACCUACCUCCUUCCAAACUGGCUUCCCUCAAAUUUGAGAAGGCUGUUUACAGAGUGCAGCUUAGUGAGUUUUCCCCUCCUGGUAGCCGUGUGGUGAUGGUGAAAGGAACCCACGCCUUCCCCAACCUGAAGUAUGUUCUAAAGCCAUCCUCAGAGAGCGCAGCGUUUAAACUGAAUGCUCGCACGGGGCUGAUCACCACCACGAAGCUCAUGGACUUCCAUGACCGAGCUCAGUACCAGCUACACAUCAGAACCUCACUGGGCCUGGCCUCCACCACUGUGGUCAUUGACAUCAUGGACUGUAACAAUCAUGCCCCCAUGUUCAACAAGUCCUCCUACUAUGGCACCUUUGAUGAGAACAUCCCUCCAGGCACCAGCAUUUUGACUGUUACGGCCACAGACCAGGAUCAUGGAGACAAUGGAUAUGUCACCUACUCCAUCGCUCGCCCAAACUCUGUGCCCUUUUCUAUCGACCCUUACCUGGGGAUCAUCUCCACCUCCAAACCCAUGGACUAUGAGCUCAUGAACAGAAUUUACACCUUCCAGGUAUGGGCAUCAGAUUGGGGAUCCCCAUUUCGCCAGGAAAAAGAAGUGUCUGUUUCCCUUAGGCUCAAGAACUUGAAUGACAACAAGCCUAUGUUUGAGGAAGUCAAUUGCACUGGGUCUAUCCAUGAAGACUGGCCAGUAGGAAAAUCAGUAAUGACCGUGUCAGCUAUAGAUGUGGAUGAGCUUCAGAACCUAAAAUAUGAGAUUGUGUCAGGCAACGAACUAGAGUAUUUUCAUCUAAAUCAUUUCUCUGGAGUGAUAUCCCUCAAACGCCCUUUUAGGAACCAUACUACUGGUCAACCCAUCAACUAUUCCCUGAAAAUUACAGCCUCAGAUGGGAAAAACUAUGCCUCGCCCAUGACUUUGAAUGUUACUGUAGUGAAGGAUCCUCACUUUGAGGUCCCUGUAAAGUGUGAUAAAACGGGGGUAUUGACACAUUUCACAAAGACCAUCCUGCACUCUGUUGGGUUUCAGAAUCAGCAGUCCAGUGAUGAGGAUUUCACUUCCUUAAGUGCAUAUCAGAUCAAUCAUCAUACCCCUCAGUUUGACGACCACUUCCCACAGUCCAUUGACAUCCUUGAGCGUGCUCCUCUCAACACCCCCCUGGCCCACCUGGCAGCCACCGACCCUGAUACUGGCUUUAACGGCAAACUGGUCUAUGUGAUUGCAGAUGGCAACGAAGACGGCUGCUUUGACAUUGAGCUGGAAACAGGGCUGCUUACCGUAGCUGCCCCCUUGGACUAUGAAGCCACCAGUUUCUACAUCCUCAAUGUAACGGUGUAUGACCUGGGCACUCCCCAGAAGUCCUCCUGGAAGCUGCUGACAGUGAAUGUGGAAGACUGGAAUGAUAAUGCACCCAGAUUUCCUCCUGGUGGGUACCAGGUAACCAUCUCAGAGGACACAGAAGUUGGAACCACAGUUGCAGAGCUGAAAGCAAAAGAUGCUGACUCGGAGGACAAUGGGAGGGUUCGCUACACCCUGCUAAGCCCCACAGAGAAGUUCUCCCUCCAUACCCUCACUGGGGAGCUGGUUGUCACAGGACACCUGGACCGGGAGUCAGAACCUCAAUAUAUACUCAAGGUGGAGGCCAGGGACCAGCCCAGGAAGGGUCACCAGCUCUUCUCUGUCACUGAUCUGAUAGUCACAUUGGAAGAUGCCAAUGACAACUCUCCCCAGUGCAUCACAGAACUUCGCAGGCUUAAGGUCCCAGAGGAUCUGCCGCCAGGGACUAUUCUAACAUUUCUAGAUGCCUCUGAUCCUGACCUGGGCCCUGCGGGAGAAGUACGAUAUGUCCUAUUGGAUGAUGCCCAUGGCACCUUCCAUGUGAAUCUCAUGACGGGGGCACUCAGUCUGGAGAAAGAGCUGGACUUUGAGAGGAGGGCUGGGUAUAACCUGAGCCUGUGGGCCAGUGACAGUGGGAGGCCCCUGGCCCGAAGGACCCUCUGCCGCGUGGAGGUGAUCGUCCUGGAUGUGAACGAGAACCUCCACCCUCCCCGCUUUGCCUCCUUUGUGUACCAGGGCCAGGUGUGGGAGAACAGCCUCUCGGGAACCUCAGUGAUGACAGUGGCUGCCCAUGAUGAGGACAGUGGCUUGGACGGGGAGCUCCAGUACUUCCUGCGGGCUGGCACCGACCUUGCAGCCUUUAGCAUCAACCAAGACACAGGAAUGAUUCAGACUUUCGCACCCCUGGACCGAGAAUUCAUGUCCUGCUACUGGCUGACGGUACUGGCAGUGGAUAGGGGUUCCACCCCCCUCUCUUCUGUAACUGAAGUCUACAUUGAGGUUUUGGAUGUCAAUGACAACCCACCCCAGAUGUCCAGACCCGUGUUCUACCCCUCCGUCCGGGAGGAUGCACCCCUGCACACCUCCGUGCUUCAGCUGGAUGCCUGGGACCCGGACUCCAGCUCCAAAGGGAAGCUGACCUUCAAUAUCACCAGUGGCAACCAAAUGGGAUUCUUUGUUAUUCAUCCUCUCACAGGUGGGGACAAGGACAUGGACUUUGACAUCGAGAAGACCACAGGCAGCAUUGUCAUCGCCAAGCCUCUCGAUACAAGGAGGAGGUCAAGCUAUAACUUGACCGUGGAGGUGACCGAUGGGUCCCACACCGUUGCCACCCAGGUCUACAUCUUCAUGAUUGCCAGUGUUAACCACCAUCGGCCCCAGUUUUUGAAGCCUCAUUAUGAGGUCAGAGCUCCCCAGGACACGCUGCCUGGGGUUGAGCUCCUCCGAGUCCAGGCUACUGAUCAAGACAAGGGCAAGGGCCUCAUCUACACCAUACACGGCAGCCAAGACCCGGGAAGUGCCAGCCUCUUCCAGCUGGACCCAAGUAGUGGUGUCCUGGUAACUGUGGGGAAAUUGGACCUGGGCUCGGGGCCUUCCCAGCACACACUGACAGUUAUGGUUCGCGACCAGGAGAUGCCCAUCAAGAGGAACUUUGUGUGGGUGUCCAUUCAUGUGGAGGAUGGAAACCUCCACCCUCCUCGCUUCACCCAGCUCCACUAUGAGAUGAGUGUUUCUGACACCACAGCCCCCGGAACAGAGCUGCUCCAGAUCCGAGCCAUGGAUGGUGACCGGGGAGCCAAUGCUGAGGUCCACUACUCCCUCCUCAAAGGAAACAGCGAAGGUUUCUUCAACAUCAAUGCCCUACUAGGCAUCAUAACUCUAGCACAGACACUUGAUCAGGCAAAUCAUGCCCAGUAUACUCUGACAGUGAAGGCAGAAGAUCAAGGCUCCCCACAAUGGCAUGACCUGGCUACAGUAAUCAUUCAUGUGUACCCCUCAGAUAGCAGUGCCCCCAUCUUUUCAAACUCCGAGUACUUUGUAGAGAUCCCUGAAUCAAUCCCUGUUGGUUCCCCAAUCCUCCUUAUCUCAGCUACAAGCUCCUCAGAAGUUACCUAUGAGUUAAGAGAAGGAAACAAGAACGGUGUAUUUUCCAUGAACUCAUAUUCUGGACUCAUUUCUACCCAGAAGAACUUGGACCAUGAGAAAAUUUCAUCUUACCAGCUGAAAAUCCGAGGCAGCAAUAUGGCGGGUGCAUUUACUGACGUCAUGGUUCUUGUUUAUAUCAUUGACGAAAAUGACAAUGCUCCCAUGUUCUCAAAGUUGACUUUUGUGGGCCAAAUUAGUGAAGCAGCUGCACUGAACAGCAUGAUAGUGGAUGAAAACAACAACCCCCUUGUGAUCCGUGCCUCUGACGGUGACAAAGAAGCUAAUUCCUUGUUGGUCUAUAAAAUUUUGGAGCCAGAAGCUCUGAAGUUUUUAAAAAUCGAUCCCAGCAUGGGAACCCUAACCACUGUAUUAGAGAUGGAUUACGAGAGCAUGCCCUCUUUCCAAUUCAACAUCUACGUCCAUGACCAAGGAAGCCCUGUCUUAUUUGCACCCACGGCUGCCCAGGUCACAAUCAAUGUCAGAAAUAUAAAUGACUGUCCCCCCAGGUUCUCAGACCAGAUAUAUGAAGUAGCAGUACUGAAGCCCAUCCACCGGGGUAUGGAGCUCCUCAUGGUGCAGGCCAGUGACGAUGACUCAGAAGUCAAUUAUAGCAUCAAAACUGGCAAUGCUGAUGAAGCUGUUGCCAUCCAUCCCAUUACUGGUCGCAUAUCUGUGUUGAAUCCUGCUUUGCUGGGACUCUCUCGGGAGCUCAUCAUCAAGGCUUCUGAUGGCCUGUAUCAAGAUACGGCACUAGUAAAAAUUUCUUUGACGCAAGCCCUUAACACAAGCUUACAGUUUGACCAGGAUGUCUACAGGGCAACAGUGAAGGAGAAUUUGCUGGAUAGAAAGGCACUGGUGAUUCUUGGUGCCCAGGGCAAUUGUUUGAAUGACACCCUAUCUUACUUUCUCUUGAAUGGCACAGAUAUAUUUCAUAUGGUCAAAUCAGUAGGCGUGUUGCAGACAAGAGGUGUGGCAUUUGACAGAGAACAGCAGGACACUCACGAGGUGGCGGUGGAAUUGAGGGACAGUCGGACACCUCAGCGGGUGGCUCAGGCUCUGGUCCAAGUCUCUGUUGAGGAUGUCAAUGACAAUAGCCCUGAAUUUAAACAUCUGCCCCACCACACAAUCAUCCAAGAUGGCACAGAGCCAGGGGACGUCCUCUUUCAGGUAUCUGCCACUGACCAGGACUUGGGGGUGAAUGGUGCUGUCACAUAUGCAUUUGCAGAAGAUUACAGAUAUUUUCGAAUCGACCCCUAUCUUGGGGACAUAUCAUUAAAGAAACCCUUUGAUUAUCAAGCUCUAAAUAAGUAUCACCUCAAAGUCAUUGCUCGAGAUGGAGGAACCCCAUCCCUCCAGACUGAGGAAGAGGUACUUGUCAUUGUGAGAAAUAAAUCCAACCCCCUGUUUCAGAGUCCUUACUACAAAGUCAGAGUGCCUGAAAAUAUCACACUCUAUACCCCAAUUCUCCACACCCAGGCCCGGAGUCCAGAGGGACUCCGGCUCAUCUACAACAUUGUGGAGGAAGAGCCCUUGAUGCUGUUCACCACUGACUUUAAGACUGGUGUCCUAACAGUGACAGGCCCUUUGGACUAUGAGUCUAAGACCAAACAUGUGUUCACAGUCAGAGCCACAGACACAGCUCUGGGGUCAUUUUCUGAGGCCACGGUAGAAGUCCUGGUGGAGGACGUCAAUGAUAAUCCUCCCACUUUCUCUCAAUUGGUCUACACUACUUCAAUCUCAGAAGGUUUGCCUGCUCAGACUCCUGUGAUCCAACUGUUGGCUUCUGACCAGGAUUCAGGGAAGAACUGUGAUGUGUCUUACCAGAUUGUAGAGGAUGGCUCGGAUGUUUCCAAAUUCUUCCAGAUCAAUGGGAGCACGGGGGAGAUGUCCACAGUUCAAGAGCUGGAUUAUGAAGCCCAACAACACUUUAAUGUGAAGGUCAGGGCCAUGGAUAGAGGAGACCCCCCACUAACUGGCGAAACCCUUGUGGUUGUCAAUGUGUCUGACAUCAAUGACAACCCCCCAGAGUUCAGGCAACCUCAGUAUGAAGCCAAUGUCAGUGAGCUAGCAACCUGUGGACACCUGGUUCUCAAAGUCCAAGCUCUUGACCCUGACAGCAGGGACGCCUCCCGCCUGGAGUACCUGAUUCUUUCUGGCAACCAGGACAGGCACUUCUCCAUUAACAGUUCAUCGGGCAUAAUAUCUAUGUUCAACCUUUGCAAAAAGCACUUGUAUUCUUCUUACAAUCUGAGGGUAGGUGCUUCUGAUGGGGUCUUCCGAGCAACUGUGCCUGUGUAUAUCAAUACUACAAAUGCCAACAAGUACAGCCCAGAGUUCCAGCAGCAUGUUUAUGAGGCAGAAUUAGCUGAGAAUGCAAAGGUGGGAACCAAGGUGAUUGAGUUGUUAGCCAUAGACAAAGAUAGUGGUCCCUAUGGCACUGUAGAUUACACCAUCAUCAAUAAACUAGCAGGUGAGAAGUUCUCCAUAAACCCCAGUGGCCAGAUCACCACUCUGCAGAAAUUGGAUCGGGAAAAUUCCACAGAAAGAGUCAUUGCUAUUAAGGUCAUGGCUCAGGAUGGAGGAGGACGAGUGGCCUUCUGCACUGUGAAGAUCAUUCUCACGGAUGAAAAUGACAACCCCCCACGGUUCAAAGCAUCUGAGUACACUGUAUCCAUUCAAUCCAACGUCAGUAAAGACUCCCCAGUCAUCCAGGUGCUGGCCUAUGAUGCAGACGAAGGUCAGAAUGCAGAUGUCACCUACUCAGUGGACUCAGUGGAGGACUUGGAAGAAGAGGUCAUUGAAGUAAACCCAACCACUGGUGUGGUCAAGGUGAAAGAGAGCCUGGUGGGAUUGGAAAAUCGGGCCUUUGACUUAAAAAUCAAAGCCCAAGAUGGGGGCCCUCCUCACUGGAACUCUCUCAUGCUGUUACGACUUCAGGUGGUUCCUAAUGAAGUAUCCUUGCCCAAAUUUUCUGAACCUCUAUAUACUUUUUCUGCAUCGGAGGAUCUUCCAGAAGGGUCUGAAAUUGGUUCUGUUAAAGCAGUGGCAGCCCAAGACCCAGUCAUCUAUAGUCUAGUGCAGGGCACCACACCAGAGAGCAACAAGGAUGGCAUCUUUUCCUUGGACCAAGACACAGGGGUUCUAAAGGUGAGGAAGGCCAUGGAUUAUGAGUCCACCAAAUGGUACCAGAUUGAUUUGAUGGCACAUUGCCCCCAUAAUGACACUUACUUGGGUUCCUUGGUCUCUGUCAACAUCCAAGUGAAGGAUGUCAAUGACAACAGGCCUGUAUUUGAGGCUGACCCAUAUAAGGCUGUUCUCACUGAGAAUAUGCCAGUGGGGACCUCAGUCAUUCAAGUGACUGCCAAUGAUCAGGACACUGGGAAUGAUGGCCAGGUGAGCUAUAGGCUGCCAGUGGACCCUGGCAGCAAUAUCCAUGAGCUCUUCGCCAUUGACAGUGAAACUGGCUGGAUCACCACACUCCAGGAACUUGACUGUGAGACCAGCCAGAUCUACCACUUUUAUGUGGUGGCCUAUGACCAUGGCCGGACCAUCCAGCUAUCUUCUCAGGUCCUGGUCGAAGUCUCCAUUACAGAUGAGAAUGACAACGCCCCCCGAUUUGCUUCUGAAGACUACAGAGGAUCUGUGGUUGAGAACAGCGAACCUGGUGAACCUGUGGCCACUCUUAAAACUUUGGAUGCUGAUAUAUCUGAGCAGAACAGACAGGUCACCUGCUAUAUCACAGAGGGAGACCCCCUGGGCCAGUUUGGCAUCAGCCAAGUUGGAGAUGAGUGGAGGAUUUUCUCGAGGAAGACCCUGGACCGUGAGCACAUGGACAAGUACUUGCUCCGAAUCACAGCUUCCGAUGGCAAGUUCCAGGCUUCAGUCUUCGUGGAGAUCUUUGUCCUGGACAUCAAUGAUAACAGCCCGCAGUGCUCAGAGCUUCUCUACACUGGCAAAGUCAGUGAAGAUGUACCUCUAGGACACUUCAUUUUGAAAGUUUCUGCAACAGACUUGGACUCCGAUACCAAUGCUCAGAUCACAUAUUCACUGCAUGGUCCUGGGGCAGAUGAAUUCAAGCUGGAUCCUCAUACAGGGGAGCUGACCACACUCACAGCCUUAGACCGAGAGAAGAAGGAUGCAUACAGCCUUGUUGCCAAGGCGACGGAUGGAGGCGGCCAAUCGUGCCAGGCAGAUGUGACCCUUCACGUGGAGGAUGUGAAUGACAACGCCCCCCGGUUCUUCCCCAGCCACUGUGCUGUGGCAGUCUUCGACAACACCACAGUGAAGACCCCCGUUGCGGUGGUAUUGGCCCGGGACCCUGACCAAGGCACCAAUGCCCAGGUGGUUUACUCUCUCACGGACUCCGCCGAAGGCCACUUUUCCAUCGAGGCCACCACGGGCGUGAUCCGCCUGGAGAAGCCACUGCGGGUCAGGCCACAGGCAGCACUGGAGCUCACUGUCCGUGCCUCUGACCUGGGCACCCCAAUACCACUGUCCACACUGGGCACCGUCACCGUCUCCGUGGUGGGCCUGGAUGACUACCUGCCCGUGUUCCUGAACACCGAGCACAGCGUGCAGGUGCCCGAGGACGCCCAGCGUGGCACGGAGGUUCUGCGGUUGGCCACCCUCACUCGCCCUGGCGCCGAGAAGACCAGCUACCGUGUGGUCAGCGGGAACGAGCAGGGGCGGUUCCGCCUGGAUGCCCACACAGGGAUCCUGUACGUCAAUAAGAGCCUGGACUUUGAGACAAGCCCCAAGUACUUCCUAUCCAUCGAGUGCAGCCGGAAGGGCUCCUCCUCCCUCAGUGACAUGACCACAAUCGUGGUCAAUGUCACUGAUGUCAACGAACACCGGCCCAGAUUCUCCCAGGAUCUGUACAGCACGAGGGUCUUAGAGAAUGCCAUCGUGGGUGAUGUUGUGCUCACAGUGUCAGCGACUGACGAAGAUGGACCCCUAAAUAGUGCCAUCACCUACAGCCUCAUAGGAGGGAACCAGCUUGGGCACUUUGCCAUCCACCCCAAGAAAGGGGAGCUACAGGUGGCCAAGGCCCUGGAUUGGGAACAGAUUUCUAGCUACUCCCUGAUGCUCCGAGCCACAGACAGUGGGAAGCCCCCACUGCAUGAGGACACAGACAUCGCUAUCCAAGUGGCUGAUGUCAAUGACAACCCACCAAGAUUCUUCCAGCUCAACUACAGCACUUCCAUCCAGGAAAACUCCCCCAUCGGCAGCAAAGUCCUGCAACUGAUCCUGAGUGACCCGGACUCCCCAGAGAAUGGUCCUCCCUACUCAUUCCGAAUCACCAAGGGGAACGAUGGCUCUGCCUUCCGAGUGACCCCGGACGGAUGGCUGGUGACCACUGCAGGCCUGAGCAAGAGAGUCCAGGAAUGGUAUCAGCUUCAGAUCGAGGUGUCAGACAGCGGCACCCCGCCCCUCUCAUCUUCCACGUCGGUCAGCGUCCAUGUCAGGGAGCAGAGCCACUACCCACCCUCCGCCCUCCCACUGGAGAUCUUCAUCACCAUCGGGGAGGAGGAGUUCCAGGGAGGCAUGGUGGGCAAAAUCCACGCCACAGACCGAGACCCACAGGACACGCUGACCUACAGCCUGGCAGGAGAGGUGAGCCUGGGCAGGCGCUUCACAGUGGGCGCGUCUGAUGGCAAGAUCAUCGCUGCCCAGGGGCUGCCUCGGGGCCGCUACACGUUCAACGUCAUGGUCAGCGAUGGGACCUUCUCCACCACUGCCGGGGUCCACGUCCACGUGUGGCAUGUGGGGCGGGAGGCUCUGCAGCAGACUGUGUGGAUGGGCUUCCACCAGCUCACCCCGGAGGAGCUGGUGAGUGACCACUGGAGGAACCUGCAGAGGUUCCUCAGCAACAGGCUGGACAUCAAACGAGCCAACAUCCACCUGGCCAGCCUGCAGCCUGCAGAGGCCAUGGCUGGGGUGGACGUGCUCCUGGUCUUUGAGGGGCAUUCGGGGACUUUCUCCAAGCUCCAGGAGCUGGCAUCCAUCAUCACUCACUCAGCCAAGGAGAUGGAACACUCGGUGGGAAUUCAGAUGAGGUCAGUCAUGGCCGUGGUGCCCUGCCAGGGGCCAGCCUGCCAGGGACAAAUCUGCCAAGAGAUCGUGCACCUGGACCCCAGGGUUGGGCCCACGUACAGCACAGCCAGGCUCAGCAUCCUGACCCCGCGGCACCGCCUGGAGAGGAACUGCUCCUGUAACGGUACUGCCGCGAGGUUCAGCGGUCAGAGCUUCGGACGGUACAGUCUCCCAGAGGCUCAGAACGGGCACAUCCAUUUCCGCCUGAAAACGCUCCAGUCACAGGCCAUUCUCCUGUUCAGCAAUAAGACAGUGUGUCUCUCCCUGAAGCUGGUCAAUGGAGUGCUCCAGCUGGAAUACCAUUGCCCAGGUGGCUUCUACGGAAAUCUUUCCUCCCGGUCUCGUGUGAAUGACCAAGAGUGGCACUCUGUUCUGGUGGAGGAGACAGAUACUUCCGUUCACCUGUCGGUUGACAGUGCAGCCAACGCCUCCCUUGCGCUCCCAGAGAACUGCUGGAGUCUGAGGCCUGAAAGGGACCUCUUUCUGGGUGGCCUCGUCCUCUUGCAUUCUGUCCCAAAUGUCUCCCAGGGCUUCGAAGGCUGCCUGGAUGCUGUCAUGAUCAACGGAGAGGCGCUGGAGCUGCUGGCCCAUGGCAAGAAGGUGGCGGGCAUGCUGGAGAGGCGGGCCCUCACCGAGUGUUGCCUCCACAGUGACCAGUGCAGCCAGAACCCGUGUCUCAAUGGUGGAAAGUGCUCACAGACCCGCGGGGCAGGCUAUGUCUGCACGUGCCCCUCACAGUUCUCCGGGAGGCACUGUGAACAAAGGAAGGAGAAUUGUACUUCGAUGCCCUGCCUGGAAGGUGGAACUUGCAUCUCUUCCCCCGAAGGAGCCCCCUGUAUCUGCCCUCACCCCUACAUGGGAGACAGGUGUGAAAUGGAAUCACGGGGCUGCUCAGAAGGACACUGUCUUGUCACCCCUGAGAUCAAAAGGGGGGACUGGGGACAGCAGGAGAUUCUGAUCAUCAUAGUGGUCCUAUUGGUCAUUGUCAUAAUCUCUGCUGGGCUUCUCUUCUACUGCCGCCGUUGCAAGUCCCACAAACCCGUGGCCAUGGAGGAUCCAGACCUCCUGGCCAGGAGUGUUGGUGUUGACACCCAAGCCACACCUGCCAUUGAGCUCAACCCCCUGAGCACAAGCGCCUGCAACAACCUGAACCAAGUGGAGCCCAGCAAGACCUCAGGUCCAAAUGAACUCGUCACUUUUGGACCCAGCUCUAAGCAACGGCCAGUGGUCUGCAGCGUGCCUCCCAGACUCCCGCCGGUGGUGGUCUCUUCCCACUCUGACAAUGAGGCCAUCAUUAAGAGGACCUGGUCGGGUGAGGAGAUGGUGUACCCAGGCGGAGCCACAGUCUGGCCCCCAACUUACUCCAGGAAGGAACGCUGGGAAUACCCCCACUCCGAAGGGACCCCCGGCCCUCUGCCGCCAUCGCCUCGCUGCCACCGGAACCCAGCUGUGAUGCCGGACCCCACUGGCCUCUACGGGGGCUUCCCCUUCCCACUGGAGAUGGAAAACAAGCGAGCACCCCUUCCACCCCGUUACAGCAACCAGAACCUGGAAGAUCUGAUCCCCCGACGGCCCCCCAGUCCCCAGGAUCACCUGCUGGCCCCCUGUCUCAAUGAGUACACAGCUAUCAGCUACUACCACUCGCAGUUCCAGCAGGGAGGGGGAGGGCCAGGGCCCUGCCUGGCAGAAGGGGGCUACAAGGGGGUGAGCAUGCGUCUCAGCCGGGCCGGGCCCUCUUACGCCGACUGCGAGGUAGGGGGCGGGCAUCCCACGGGCCGGGGCCAGCCCCAGGCCCCCCCCAACUAUGAGGGCUCUGACAUGGUGGAGAGUGAUUAUGGGAGCUGUGAGGAGGUCAUGUUCUAG